GUCGACUACAUGGAUCAAACCACGUUAUUGCGUUUUAUCAGGUAUGUCACAAUGAGCCUGUUGAUAUGUUAUUCUUCUUUGAUCACCUCAUGUAUAGUCUUUUAUGGUAGCGUUUGGUGGAGAGAUAGAGACGAAAAGACUGAGACGGAGAGACAGAGACUAAGAGACAGAUAUUGAAAUAAAUUUUAGUAUUCUAUUUGGUGCAAAAUGGGAGACAGAAAUUGAAACAAGAAUGAAACUCUAAUUUAAUUUGUACAAAGGGUAAAAUUAGAAUUAAUUAAUUGAAAUAAAUGUAUUUUAUGUAUAAAAUGUUAUUAAAGUUUCAGUCUCCAUCACUAAAAAUUUUAGUCCCCUGUGUCUUCACUUUUUGGAAGUACUAAAAUACUGAAAUUUUAGUACCAGUCUCUGAACUAACAAACAUAAUACUGAGUUUCAGUCUCUGCGUCUCCGUCUCAGUACCUCAAAACAAAUACUACCUAUAGGUAUUCUUUUACUAAUUGUCACAAGUUCACUUUCCAUCUCAUCUACCUUUUUAAUUGGCAUUCUGUCAAUCUUCUUUUACAUGUCCAAAAUUACCUUCUAUCAUUUUUUUGGCAAUAUGUGCCAUUCUAACUUUUUUCCGUAUAUCUCAUUUCUUAUUUUGUGGUUGUUUAUCUAUUUCAACAUUCUCAUCUCUACCAUACUUAAUUUAUGUUUAUGUUCACUAUUUGCCGCCUAACACUUUGUUCUAUAUAACAUAGCUGGUCUAACAACAGUGUAAUAAAAUUUUUCUUUAAGUUUUAAAGGUAUUUUUUAUCGUAUAUAAAAUCAGAUGCACUUCGUAUUUUGACCAACCUUCUUGUAUCCUGAUGUUUUAUAUUCUCAUUAAUUUUUUCAUUAUUCUAUAUGAUACAUCCAAGAUAUUUAAAACAAUUACUUGCCGUAAGAUUGUUUCUUCAAUUUUCACUUAUGCGUUAUUGUUUUCCCCUUGCCUACUAUAUUUAUAUUCCAUAUAUACUGUCUUAGUGCGAUUUAUGCUAAAACUUUUAUCCCUUUACAACUCAUCUCCACAACUCUAACUUCUCAUUUAAAUCUUCUAUUGUUUCUCCCAGGCAGGACAAUGCCAUUGACAAAAAACAUGCACCAUGGCACUGAUAUGUUUGAAGUAGAAGCUAAAGGAAGCUCGAAGGAGAAGGAGAAGCUCACAGAACAGAAGCUUGAUGGAGCAGGAGAAGCACGCAGAACAGAUCACAUCAAUAAAAGAGAAGCGUUGAUGGAGGAGAUCGCAGGAGCAGCAAUGGCGUUUCCUGUGGCGGCCGGAGAUAACAGGGUCUCACUCUCACGCAGCUCUCGGAUUAGGCGGAGCAGAUCUGGGAUGGAUUACGACAGUGCACAACACAGACCUGCGGAAGGUGAAGGGGGAAGGCGACCUCGAUGA